CGUUUUUCUCUUUGGCUGACUUUUCUUUCUCCCUCUUUCAUCAUUUUUGGUUCAUCGGUUUGGAUACUUCUGACUCUCUAUAUACUCUCUCGUUCUUGGAUUAAUUUCGCUUUCUGGUGGGAAUUUAAUUUGACCGAGUAACUACUGCUGGAGGCUGUUGUUGACUGCAAAGCUUCCACCGCUGUUUCGCAGACGGUCUGAACCCAGUCCGUACGACUGAUGCUUUGAUCUCGAAUUCUUCUUCGACCAUUCAUAUCCCUCCCUGUAUUUCAUAAUGAUGGAUUUUCAAAAACAUCCCCCUCAACCACAGCAAUAUCAUCGUCCUUCUGCUUUGUUUGUCGCUCCCCACGACCCUCGUGUUGUUCCUGCACCACCGCCUCGCCCUUACGGUCCACCACAUCCUGCUGUCUACGAUCCUUUCCCCCGCCGUGAAACCAUCUACAGCUUCCCUUCAUCAUCAUCGUCGCCAUCCCCGGUUACUGCCGCUGCUUACGUUCAUUCUUCGCUUCGUGCGGACUCCAACGCAUAUCACGCAUCAUCUGCGAACCACGGUUCGGUCAAGAAGCAUAAUUUGGACAAGGUCGGGAUGAAGGAUCGUAAUCAUCAGGUUUAUUAUAAUCAGAGACAUAGUUUGGCGUAUCCUGAAGGUCAACACGAACAGUCCGCGCCUCCUACGUUGGGCACUCGUCAAAUGCCGCCUCCAUCCCCGCCUCAACACUACCCAUCGCGAGGACAAUCUGGAAGUGCAUCCCAUCAUGCUCUAUCCAACCCUUUCUUGUCGCGUGAGCCUCCUAGCAAUCCGGCUCAUCGUCCUGGUAGCAGCAUGUCGAUAUCCGCCAUGCUAGGCUCGGACGCUGACCGUCCACCCCGGGAUGUAGGAUCCUCGUCGAUCUUUUCGCGCCUCCCCGUUUCCUCAGCGCCCUUUGCCAGCGCCCCGCCCCAGACAGCCCCCGGCGCCAUGUCUCCGCCCACCGCACCCGCUAGAACCUCCUCGCUCGAAUACCCGCUCUUUCGGCGAUCCCAGACCCCCGAAACGUCGUUUGCCAAAAGCCAGUCGGCCCGUCCCUAUCGCUCAAGCUCCGGGGGUGUUCCACAGCCACCAGUAUCAGCAGGUUUGUCGCGUCCGCCGCUUACAUCGCAGCCCACGCACCCAUCCCCACAGAUGUCGACCGCAGACUCGUAUAAUGAGCACCGCCGCUUAAGCUUCAACGGACCUAUUCCCCGACCGAAUAGCCAACCACAGCAUAUUGACCCUUCUGCGCGUCCGUCAGUAUACAGUCCGCUCUCGCGACCGGCACCCGGGUUGGCGGAAGGCUCGUUGGGUGUGGCGCAGCAGCGGCCACCUUCGUACUUGGGUCUUGAGUCGCAGCAUAGCAGAUUCGGUGGUUUGUAUGGGGAACGUCAAGCGGAGGAGCAAGCACACAGGGAAAGGGAGCGGGAAAGAGAGAGAGAAAGGAUUAUGGCUCACGAGGCGGAAGCCAGGGCGGCCCAUCAUCAGCCCGCGCGCUACGGAUCACACUAUGGAGAAAGAGAAGCCGGGGCCAGUCGCCAUCCCAGUGCAUCUACAUGGGAGAUGGGUCGGUCGCAACCACCUUCGCCUGAAAGCAAGCGCUUUCCCGCACCCGAGCCUGGCUCAGGAUUUGGCUUUGGCGCCAUUCAGAGCUACACCAAGUCUCUGGGGUCUCAAAUGGGAGGGUCUCGACAGCCUUCACUGUCAAUGCAGCCCCGACAGGGUCAACCCACCCCCCCUCCUUCUGAACAGCCUUACUUGAGCAGGUUACAGACCGAGCAGCCUCGAAUCUUUGCCUCUACUCCAUCCGCCGGGCCUUCCCCCUUGAUCCACUCUGCGCCUGAUGACCAACGAAGAAAAGGAAGUGAUGAACUUUUCCAUCACCGAAAUCUCCUUGCCGUUGGGGCAGAGGGAAAACGUGGUGGGCGAGCCUCACCGCUCCCACAAGCGGUGCAGGGUGCCCAGGCCCAGAUUAUGGGACCUGCAGGGGAAACUGGUAUCAAGAAUGAGCUCGGACGAGUUUUCUCCGGGAUCGGCAGUGGUGUCGGUGGUGUCACUGCACCAACAGCCGUAAGUGGGCCUUCAACGCCCAUGACUGCCAGCCCAUUCAAGCGCGAGGGCGCCACCGCUCGAUCAACCAACAGUGAGACGACAACAGAUGAGACUAAGAUCGGUCGCCCUGGAUCUACGACCGGGAAGCGAUCGAGGAAGUCGCGUGAGGACGAGGGCCAGCUGGAUGGUGAAACAGGCGGUAGCGAUUCAAGACUUGGAACUUCUACACGUGGUCGACGAGGUCGCCAUGUUCACCAUCAUCACCAUCAUCACCAUCACCACCGGCACAAGGCAGACGAAGAAGCUGCUCAUCGGUCUCUUCCAUCGAUGAACCCCUUCCACCGGACCUCUACGCCGGCGGAAGCUGCCGCGCCGGGAACGGCCGGACAUCAUCACCACCACCAUCACCAUCACCACCAUGCACCCCGACCGGCGAUGCACAUUGCUGCCUCCCCCAUGCGUGAACCCCGCACGGUGGUCAACAUUGAGCCGGUGCUUUCUAAUGUGGCGCAUCUUCCCAGGCAUCACCUGGGGUCGACGCUUUAUGCCCCUCGCAUUGGUGUCCCCACAUCCAAAGCAACACUGGAAAGUGCCAAGUUUGGAUAUACUACGACGCCGCUCCCGCUGCCUCGAUUUGAAGGCCGGGAAAACUGCACUUUUACUAUUCGCGUGCCCCGCUUCCGGAUCGAUACAAGCCACCGCGAGGAGAUCUGCGCCCGGCGCGCCCUCUGGGGCACGGGCAUUUACACAGACGAUUCAGAUCCUGUCGCAGCGGCGAUCCACUCCGGGUUCAUUCGUGGAGCCUGGGGCGAGGAUGUAGACGAGACGAUGCUCGAUCUUGAGAUCAGGGAUACCUAUCAACAUGCACCUAAGAGUGCAGAUGAAAUGAGCGCGGACUCGGAGGCCACUGCAGGUGAGCGACCGCGCGUCCCACCAGCAACACCGUCGGACAAGGACUUGCACAUUACUCUUCAGAUCCUACCGAAACUGGAGCAGUACGAAUCGAGUGUGAUCUUUGGGCUCAAGUCGCGGCCGUGGGACGGCAUGCACGACGGAAUGAGCUUCCGUGUCCUUCGCGUGGAGUGGGUGGAAGAAGGCGUGGGCCGGGGCGAAGAGCGCAACGGUGAAGCCCGGCGAAAGCGACUGCGGAACCUGAUGCAGACGGGGCGUAUUUGCACCGGGCCCGGUGUUGUGAAGCUGGAGCAGCUGCGCAAAGGAGUGAUUGAAGUGCCACGGCGGAAGAUUGGAAUGGACAACCAGGAACGGUCAGCACCGGUGCAGACCGUUUCGUAGGGAAGUCCAUGGUAAUUAUCAAUACUGGUUAUUUAUUGAUCAUCUAUUAGUAUUUAUUAGCUCGAUCUGUUGUUCUAGUGCUCGGUUACUACUAGCGAGGCGUGGUUGCGACAUUCUCGGUUGUUUUACAGGAUUGUCUUUGAACGCAGUAAUUACUUUUAUUCAGCGAAUAUAAUGAUCUUUAUUCUAUCAUGUCUCUUGAUGCAAUUCGUACCUUCAAAAUUAAAUGGCCUGCGGGGAAUGCGAGUACCUUAACAGAAUAUGCGUGUC